AUGUUUCUUUAUAAGUAUGGGUUGCAGAUUCUUCCAGUGAAGUUAUCGGGUGGUGGUAGAUUGAAGGAUGUCUUAAGCAGCAUUCGUAAUAGGUGGGCGAAUCUGUCUGUUGGUGGGUUUUCUGUUUCAUAUGCUUAUGAGGAUGGUUAUUGUGCUCUUCAGAAUGAAUCUGAUUUUGAGAACAUGUUUUUCUUAUUUACUAAUUGUGAUUGCAUAAAUGCGAAGGUUGAUGAGAAUAAACAUAGUAGCAGGAUAAUUGUUGGUAGUACUAUUGAUGAAGUGGGUGAUGUUGAUGAAAUUGUUGAUGAUGAGUUAGAAUAUGUGGAUAGAAUGGACCCCGCGAAAAAGUAUUCUAAACAUGCAGAGAUUAGGUAUUUGACGGAAGCUUGGGCUGAUUCGAUAGAGGGUGUUGGACAAGAAUUUCCCUUAGGUGUGAAGGAGUUCAGGGCUGUGCUGGCUAAAUAUGCGAUUGAGAAUGGCUUUAUGUACCGUUUCGUGAAAAAUGACUCACUUAGGGUGACGGCUGUUUGUGUUAUUACAGGGUGUGAAUGGCAUGUGCAUGCUAUUUCAAAUAGAACCAAUGGAGUAUUUCAUAUUAAAAAGUGUCAUAAUGAGCAUAAUUGUGGUUCAAUGUAUCGAACCAAUAAGCAUAAGCGCGUGUCAUCCCGUCUGGUUGCGAAUGAGAUAGCUGGGAUUGUCGAGAAAAAACCCAAUACUUCUCCAAUCGACAUGCUUGAUUGGUUCACGGACAAGCUUCGGUGGUUCGUUGAAGCUGCAAGGGCUACGAAUCCGAGGAGCAUAUUGAGGCUUGAAUCUGAUCCUGUAACCAAGGAGUUUUCACGGCUGUUUGUAUCGUUUGACGCUUGUAUCAAGAGGUUCAACUAUUGUCGGCCUUUUCUGUGUCUUAAUGCCACCCAUCUGAAAGGUAGAUUCAAAGGAACACUCCUUACUGCAACAGGGAAAGAUGCAAAUCAAUGUCUUGUCAACAACAUUCUUGUUAUGUUCUCCGGUUGUCGUCAUGCAUACUGUCUUUAUCACCUACAGUUUAAUUUGAAGGAUCACUUUCCUGGUUGGUUUAGGAAAGGUUUUCGGAACAGGCUCGUUGAAUUGUUCAACAAAUGUACAUAUGCUUCAUCGGUGUCGGUUUACAAUGCUGCUGAGGAAGAAUUUUACCAAUUUGGUGAAGAUAAAGCUAGGACCUUUAUUGCGAGUGUCCCCAAAGAGCAUUGGAGUAAUGCAUAUUUUGAAGGUCAACGGUAUGGUGAGAUGAGUUCUAGUGCUGUGGAGUCAUUUAAUAAUUGGAUUCUUAAAGCUCAGGAAAUGCCUAUGGAUAAGAAGUUAGCUCGCUUUAUCAAGAAAGGAAGGUCGUGGAGGAUCAUUAUGUCAAAGGUUGAUUUAUACGAGGUGCGCUGUCUUCCCCCGAAGGUAGUAUCUGUUGAGGAAAGGACGUGCUCUUGUGGUCAAUGGCAAUCUACCGGUUUCAUAUGUAGGCAUGCUGUAAUGGUUAUUAUAAAAGCUUGUGGAGGGAAUUUGGUGGACCACAUUGAUCAAUUAUACCUUGUUGAUGGGUAUCGGCGUGCAUAUGAAGAACCCAUAUAUCCAGUUGUAGAGAGUGACAUUCCCGAUUUUAUAAAAGAAGGUGACCGGGUUAUAUACCCUCCACGGAAUAGGCGGCCAGCAGGUAGGCCCAAGAUUAAACGCAUUCUUUCAAGGGGUGAAAAGUCGUACACCAGGCCAAAUAAAUGUGGGAAGUGCCAUAAGGCUAUAAAGCACAACCGAAGAACAUGCAAAGAGCCAAGCGAUAUAUGA